AUGGAGUUCACAGGUAGCAGUUACACUGGAGCCUUCAAGAAUGGCAGGAUGGAGGGAGAAGGAGAGUAUAAAUUCCCCACAGAGACAAGAUAUGUUGGGGAUAUGAAGGAUGGCAUGUUCCAUGGAAAAGGUGUUCUCUAUUUUCCAAAUGGAAGCAAAUAUGAAGGAACUUGGGAGAAAGGGAUAUCCAAACAGGGAAAGUAUACCUUCUCUGAUGGGCUGGAGUACCAGGAGAAGGACUGGGAGUUCUGUGAUGGUUAUGACAGACAGUUCUACACUGAGAGGUGCAAUGGACUCAAACCUGCAGGGGAGUCUCAGCUGACAGACCUGGACCCGCCGCGUGUCAUCCCAGAUGGCUGCUAUGACUGUGGGGACGGCUUCUACGACCCCAACACCAGGGUUAUCACUGACUAUGAGCAUCACUUCCUGCGGAACGCAGAUGACUAUGAACGGGAGUGGAUUGUGUCCACUUGUCGGAAGAGCUGGGAUGAGAUCGUUGGACAUUCACCUGACAACUAGGCUGAAUUUCAGAACUGGACAUUGAGUUGAGGGGCCUGAGCAGCUGCUGAGUUAAAGGCAGCUAAUUUAUGGAAUGUUUAACUGUAUAGGCUACCUGUGAAUAAUAUUUUGUGAAAUAUGGAAUAUUCCACAUUUUCGUUAUUAUAAAUAUAUAUGAUUUUAACAGAUG